CACAACACCUGAGGUUCCCUCUCCUGCCUGCCUCGUGUCACUUCUGGCGGACAGCUGACUGGAUCGAGCUUCACCCAACUUCAGGAAGCCUUUGGACUUUCCGUGUUUGCCAGUCUGUUCCGGACUUCUCAAAUGCACCGAGCCCGCAGUCAGUUCCUUCCAGGAAUAAUUUAGAAUAUUUACAAUCCCGUGAGGAAUACGCCCCUCCUCAGUCCACUUAUGUUGUGAAAGUAGGCGAGCCACUUCGUUUAAUAACUGAGGGGCUGCUCGUUUGUAUGCAUCCAUCGGAUCGUGGUCCUUUAUGUCGGGUGUAGCACCGCCAGCGGAUGAGGUAUCAGGUUUAACAUCUCCACAUGUAUCCCCCGGCAGCCUCUGAGAGAGCUCAUCACUCUUACCUUCCAUGUUGUCAUCUCGAUUACUAUGAGACAAAUGAGAAAAUGUUGUCUAUUAGGCUAGUCGGACAAGGAAAAUGUUAAAAUAAUGUGCAGCUAUAAGGGAACUGAAUUACCUUUGUAUUGUAUCUUCUGGCUUCGCUCCUUCAUUUGCCAAAUUGAAAUACAAAAUGUUGCUUUGCGCCCCUUUAAUUCUGUUUCGUUUUGUCGGCUGCAGAGAGAUAGGCUACGUUAGGCUAAGGUUAAUGUCUGGAUGUGUCUUUUAAACCACUGUCAGCUAGCUAAAUGAAUCAUUAGCCCACCUGGUCAAAGAAAUACAAAGGGCCAGUUCUGGGUUCCGUCAGCGCGACAGAAGAAGUCAUUUCCUUUAAAAAGAAAAAGAAAAAAAACAUCCACUUGAAAUUCCUCUUAAUAUUCGCCACUCGCAGAUAACACACAAACCUAUCCCUUGCAACAAAAUACCAACCAACCCAAGCUGUAGCGCUUUAAAAUCCACCUUUCACUUCUGUAAAUGUGCCUCUGUCCACUCAGUGUGCUGGCCUUGUUGCUUGGAUACACAGUUCUACGCCCGUCUCCAAAUACUCGCGAUACGCACCAUCAUAACUAUCGACCGGGCUCAAACUGAAAGGGUAGCCGGGACAAUGCGAACAACAGAACAUCAUUUACAAUAACGGAUAGGGUGUUUUCCAGUGUGGACAUCCUGGAGAAGUGACACAUAGUGUUACUGAGGAGGAGCUGCAGUCACAGGUGCGCACAGUAACCUGAAACUCAGCAACAGACAAAGUGAAGAUUCUAGCAUGCAGUGCGGCUUAACAGGCCAUUUAUCAGGACGUGAUGGUCACAUAACUAUAGCCUAAGCAUUUCAGCCGCCACAGAACACACUGUGAAUGUGUUGCUGUUUGUCCCAUUUUCACCCACAGGAAACAACCUGACUGUGAUAAAUGAAAGUUUUCUCAGGACAAAGGAGGAUCGUCUUCCUCUACUCGGGUCAAGUUGUUGCACAGAGAUUGUCUAAUAGCUCAUUAUUGGCUCAGCUUCCUCCAGCACACUUUUCUGCUUUGACCACUGGAGGCUCUCAGCAGCUUAUGCGUCACUUCAUCUCUUAGUCGCUGAUCAUGGCGGAGCUACAGCUACAGCAUGAAGUGGAGCCUCAACUUCUCAAUGGGGACGACUUGAACGAGGAGAGAGAAGAUGGAGACGCCUCAGAAUCAGUGAAGAAAAAGAGAAGAAAGAAGAAGAGGACUAAGACCACCGCACCAGGGACAAGUCAAGCUGAGAGGGAUGGAGGUGUUGGUGAUGUGACGAAACAGUUGGAGCAGCAAACACUGGAAGACAAAGAGAGGGAGGAGGAUGGAGAAGAAGAUGGGGAUGAAGGAGAGAACUCAGCAGGAAAAAAAAAGAAGAAGAAGAAAAAGAAGAAAGGAUUGAAGGGACAGACUGACCCUCCCUCAAUCCCUAUUUGUGAGCUCUAUCCCAGCGGAGACUUUCCAAAGGGAGAAGAGUGUGAAUAUCCACCAUCGAAAGACGGGCGCAGCGCAGCGUGGCGGACCACCAGUGAAGAGAAGCGGGCGCUGGACAGGGCCAACGAGGAGAUGUGGAGUGAUUUCAGGCAAGCUGCUGAGGCACAUCGGCAGGUCCGCUCGUAUGUCAGGAGCUGGAUCAAACCAGGGAUGACCAUGAUUGACAUUUGUGAGAAGCUGGAGGACUGCUCCAGGAGGCUCAUCAAAGAAAACGGGCUGAAGGCAGGCCUGGCCUUCCCCACCGGCUGCUCCAUCAACCACUGUGCUGCCCACUACACCCCAAACGCAGGUGACCCCACGGUGCUACGCUACGACGAUGUCUGCAAAAUUGACUUUGGAACGCACAUCAACGGUCGAAUAAUAGACUGUGCCUUCACCGUCACUUUCAAUCCAAAGUAUGACAGGCUACUGGAGGCUGUGAGAGAUGCAACUAACACCGGCAUUAAGUUUGCAGGAAUUGACGUGCGCCUGUGUGAUGUUGGUGAGACCAUUCAGGAGGUCAUGGAGUCUUACGAAGUGGAGAUAGAUGGGAAAACUUAUCAAGUGAAGCCAAUCAGGAAUCUCAAUGGCCACUCUAUUGGACAGUACAGGAUACACUCAGGGAAGACAGUCCCUAUUGUUAAAGGCGGAGAAGCCACAAGGAUGGAGGAAGGUGAAGCUUACGCCAUUGAAACAUUUGGCAGCACAGGAAGAGGUGCAGUCCACGAUGACAUGGAGUGCUCACAUUACAUGAAAAACUUCAAUGUUGGACACGUGCCAAUAAGACUUCCAAGGGCUAAACAUCUGCUGAAUGUGAUCAAUGAGAACUUUGGCACUUUGGCAUUCUGCCGCCGCUGGCUGGACCGCCUCGGCGAGAGCAAGUACCUGAUGGCGUUGAAGAAUCUGUGUGACCUUGGCAUCAUAGACCCGUACCCACCUCUCUGCGACAUCAAGGGCAGCUACACCGCCCAGUACGAGCACACCAUCCUACUCAGGCCCACCUACAAGGAGGUAGUGAGCCGGGGAGAUGAUUACUAAGCACGCGGCAAGACUCAAGGCGAACCAGGAGGAGCAUGACAGCUCAAAGACAACAAACCUCUGCAGACUGAUAGCAAUUAUGCAAUAUUUCUCUGACCUAAAUUCCCACUGCUUUGAGUACCUUUAGGUAAUUAUUUUAGCAAGAGCAAAACAACUUGUGUCAUAGCAGCAGCUUACUAGUAUUUAUUUUCCAAAGGAUCAAGCCAAUACACAAAGGGCAUAUCUUUAAGAAAUGUAGUGUUGUCAUUUUAGUCAUAUUUUGAUGUGCUGCUUUUAGGAAA